AAGUUAAUGCUUUAUCUGGACAAAGACGAUUGCUCUAAGCCAUGUACUCGCAAUUUUUCUGCUCCAAUCUUCUCUGAGAACUCGCAAUGUAGCAUUAUAUGGUCGAAAUCCACCAUCAUGCGGAGUGAUAUGAUGUGGCAGAAAGUUACGAAAAUGACAAACAAGAAACCGAUUUCCAUCAAAACCAUUUCAAAAGACCUUAAAAUGUUAUUGAUCAAAGAAGAAGCGUUCGACAUAUUUAACAACUCACUGUUGAAGUUGGAAAUUUCCUGUGAAAACAAAACCAACGAGUCAAGCAAAGAGAAUCACUGCUUGCUUCUUAAGUUUAGAUCUCCGCCAAAAAAAGUGGGAUCAACGAUGACUGCAAUACCGUCAACAACAAUACUAACAGCAAAAAUGAUAGACACCACAGAGAUAGCAUCAACGACAACAGCAAAAAUGACAGACACCACAGAGAUAGCAUCAACAACAACAGCAAAAAUGACAGACACCACAGAGAUAGCAUCAACGACAACAGCGAAAAUGGCAGACGCCACAGAGAUAGCAUCAACGACAACAGCGAAAAUGGCAGACGCCACAGAGAUAGCAUCAACGACAACAGCAAAAAUGGCAAGCACCACUGUGCCUGUGAUAUCAAAACAUAAAGAAAACAAAGAAAAUUCAGCAGUCACUAUUGCUAUCGCGGUCACAGUUCCUGUGCUCAUAAUCAUUUUGGUACUUGUUGUAGCCUACUUUUAUCGAAAAAGGCUAAAAACAAAAAGGUCAACCAACAACCAAGUCCAAGGAAACAAUCCCAGCUAUACCAGAGUCGUUUAUGACGCUCCGAAUAUUUACACAACACCUGGCAAAGAAGAGUCGCCUGCCAGAUAUGAAUAUAUCGAUAAUGCCAUUGUAAACCCGAAGCCAACUCAGCCUGAACUGAAAUACGACUACGCUACAAACACUGAAAUACCGAGGACAACUCUGAAUGCGAAGCCUGGGGAUGCUGCUGCCCAACCUGAUCUACAGUAUGACUACGCCAAGGACACUGAAAUACCGAGGACAACUCUGAAUACGAAGCCUGGGGAUGCUGCUGCCCAACCUGAUCUACAGUAUGAUUAUGCCAAGGACACUGAAAUACCGAGGACAACUCUGAAUACGAAGCCUGGGGAUGCUGCUGCCCAACCUGAUCUACAGUAUGACUACGCCAAGGACACUGAAAUACCGAGGACAACUCUGAAUGCGAAGCCUGGGGAUGCUGCUGCCCAACCUGAUCUACAGUAUGACUACGCCAAGGACACUGAAAUACCGAGGACAACUCUGAAUGCGAAGCCUGGGGAUGCUGCUGCCCAACCUGAUCUACAGUAUGACUACGCCAAGGACACUGAAAUACCGCGCACAACUCUGAACACGAAGCCUGGGGAUGCUGCUGCCCAACCUGAUCUACAGUAUGACUACGCCAAGGACACUGAAAUACCGAGGACAACUCUGAAUACGAAGCCUGUGGAUGCUGCUACCCAACCUGAUCUACAGUAUGAUUAUGCGGCGAACACUGAAAUUCCAGAACUUGAUUCGAAGCCUGAGUCGGACACUCCUAAUAAUCCACUGUAUCAUUCACUUGAAGAACCCAGCCCACCCCCGACAGCUGUUUAUGCGACAUUAGAAGAGCCAACAGAUGAAACAAAGCUGGCAACCUACGACACACCACACUCGGGCGAUCCAGUGUAAUAUUUUUGAUGAUUUAAACGAGACAAGUUAACAGCCGUGAAUUACACUACAUUGUUUCCUUCUGCUAAAAAUGGUUACCGUUUUUCGUAGAAAGUUUUCGCAUGGGACAUAAAUCAUUCAAAAGGAUUGAUUUUUAUAGUUUUUGCAUGUCCUAGCUUUUGUAAAUUAUUUAAAGUAAUAGCAUUAUAGCCAUUGUAGUAUAAGAGUCACUUCAAUUUAAAGUCGAAGCAUGGUACGGCGUUAUACAAGAUGAGUUCUGGUAAUUGAUCGAAAUAAUCGCCGCCCUACACUACAGGCAGUUCCUAUGUAUGCAUGGACGUCUAGAUGAAAGGUCAAUAACGGACUUUAAGUUGUUAAUUAAUUGCUUGUGAUUUAAACCAAGUAAAUGUGUAUACGUUUUCUGACGAUCUUUUCUAAUUCGAUAUCUAUCCCUUAAUAAAAUCAUGCAUAUAUUUACGUCAAUAUAUUUUAUUUGGUAGAUAUACAGCAAUAUACUUAACAUUUAUCAUAAGUGUAAACUAGGGAAGUUUUUAUAUAUCAC